UAGUCAGUCAGAUUUCUCAAUCAGAGUGGAGAGAGGCGGCAACGGCGUCGGUCAUGGCAUCUCGCGGGUCCGGUGCACGUUUAUCCGGUUCUCCGUGAACGGCAUGCGAACACACCUCCGUGUUGAGCUGAAGAACAGAACCGGAGCCUCCCGUACUGACCGAACCGGGCGCAUUCACGCGCAUCCAUCGAGUUCUCUGAGGGAAUUUUACGCGACGCCGAUUUGAUUGUGCUAGUUUUUUCUUUGGUUUCUAUGUCAUCGUUGAAAUAUUUCAAACAUGCUUUAGACUUCAUUCAUGAAUUCUCUUUUAAUGGACAAACUGUGGAGAAGAUUUAAUUGACUUUGAACUUUAUAACACGACGACUUUCCCUCAGAAAAAAUGCUGAAAUUUCACAAUUCUGAUCUAUGGAUUGCUUGGCUGGUCUUCUUUUGUUUGAAUGUGUGUGUGCGUGCGCUGGAAGUGACGGUGAGCCAGAGCAGUGUUCAGGUGGCCCGAGGUCAAGCCGCCGUCCUGCCCUGCACCUUCUCCACGAGCGCUGCGCUCAAUAACCUCUACAUCAUAUGGAUGGUCACGCCACUGGCCAACGCCAACCAGCCAGAGCAGGUGAUCAUCUAUCAGGGAGGACAGGUCUUCAGUUUAGCCAAUCACAUGAACGGGCGUGUGGGUUUCGUGGCCACUAUGCCCAGCACAAGUGCCUCAAUCUUCAUCAAUAACACACAGCUGUCUGACACCGGGACGUACCAGUGCCUGGUCAAUAACCUCCCGGACCGCGGGGGGCGCAAUAUCGGGGUCAUCGGCCUCACUGUGCUGGUUCCUCCGUCCACCCCGUCCUGUCGGGUUCAGGGAUCUCUGGACGUGGGCAGUGAUGUGAUGCUGUUGUGUGGUUCGGACGAGGGCAUCCCGACGCCCACCUACGCCUGGGAGAAGCUGGAGUCGGUGCCCAAACUGCCCCACAAUGCCAUGCAAGACCAGAUGCAGGGUACGGUGACGCUGAGAAACAUCAGCACCAGCACAUCUGGACUGUAUCAGUGUUCGGCGUCGAACGCCAUCGGGAAGAGCACCUGCGUCCUCAACCUGCAGGUCGUGGCCCCGCAGCCUCAGAGCGUGGGUCUGAUCGCAGGAACCGUGGUCACUGGGGUUCUGGCGCUGCUCAUCUGCGCUCUACUGGUGCUGGUCACGCUCUUCUACUGGAGGAACAAGAACAAAUACGAGGAGGAGGAAAUCCCCAACGAGAUCAGGGAGGACGAUCUCCCACCGAAGAGAUCAUCAUCAGUCAAAGCGUUCCAGGCGGACGCCUCGUCCUCGGAGAACGACACGCUCACGUCCACCAACACCUACAACAGCCGCUACUGGCACAACCCCAAACCCAACUACGACACCAACUCCUACACGCGCUACAACGGCGACACGCGGCAGACCUUCACCGGCGGCUCGAACGCCCCGCCGCGCCCCGCGUACGCUAACGGCAGCCACACCCUGCCUCCGCCCAAGACUCUAGUGGUCACGACUAACUCCGCCCCCUCGCCACCCGUCAUGACCCGCAGCAACGGCUCGCUGAGCCUGCGCCCCCCCGUCACCACCACACCGGCGGUGGCUCACGGACAGCAGCACACACACACGCACUCGUACGCCGUCAGCCAAGCCACGCUCGAGCGCAUGGGCGCCGUCCCCGUCAUGGUGCCGGCGCAGAGCCGAGCCGGAUCCCUCGUCUGACGCCAACAUUAAAACUCUUUUAUAUAACCUGAGUUCAGCUGAUGCCAACUAAAACUGCUCUGUUAACAUCCCCGACGCCCUUGUUUUUGAUAUUGCCUGGUUGCUUGUUAGCUCAUUUUUUGAUAAACUGGCAGAAAAGGGACAAAUACACUUAAAAUCACGUGAUCUACUGUAUUUCUCUAACCCAAGAGAAAAUAUCUGAAUGUGCAUGAUGCUUAGUUUGAUUAGAGCAAUACGGCUGUUUUGUACUACAAUUUUAUUGCUUUGAACACCGGAAACACAAAGGAAUAUUGGCGGAAGCUCGUUUCCGCCACGGUAAUUGCUGUUUUGUACUAGGACACUGGAAUCGCAAAAGGAAUAAAUGGAAGCUUGUUUCCGCUACGGUAAUUAAUUACGACUUUUUAUAUCACAACUUCUCACAAUUGCGAGUUUUGCUGCAUUCACAGCAUGUCGUAAUUACCUUUAAUUCUAUUCUAUUCGGAGCUGCUCAAGUCCUCGAACACAGAAUUAUGCAUUUCAAUAGCAACACUAUAAUAAAUCUGCAGUUUACAAGUUAGAACUUGUAAUUACAAGUCAGAAUCUCGUAAUUACGGUAAUUCCGACAUGCCGAAUGCACCUUUUACAUCUCGGAAUUCUGACUCUUUUUUUUUGGAAUUCUGAGUUUACAUCUCGGAAUUCUUACUAAUUUCUCGGAAUUUUGACUUUUCUCAGAAUUCUGAGUUUACAUCGCGGAAUUCUGACCCUUUUUUCGGAAUUCUGAGUUUACAUCUCGGAAUUUGACGAAUUUUUCGGAAUUCUGAGUUUACAUCGCGGAAUUCUGACCCUUUUUUCGGAAUUCUGAGUUUACAUCUCAGAAUUCUGAGUUUUUUUCUUGGAAUUUUGACUUUUCUCAGAAUACUAAGUUUCUCGCAGUUUUUUCAUGGAAUUCUAAAUUUAUAAUUUGCAAAUUUUUUUUCUCUCGGAAUUCUGAGUUUACAUCUUGGAAUUCUGACGACUUGACUUAUUUGUUUCCGCCAAGGUUACUGUUUGUUACUUUUUAUCUCACAAUUCUGACUUUUUUUCUGACUCGUAAUUUACUCGUAAAACGUCUUUUUUCCAAAACAAUAGAAUUGUAAGAUAUAAAUUCAGAAUUUGUAAGAUAUAGCUUUUUUCUCUGAAUUCUGAGUUUACAUCUGGGAGGGAGGGGAUUCACGGUGGAAUAAUAAAAAAAGAAAAAGUAAUUACUUACAUUUUUUCCUCAGAGUUUCAUACACCACAAUUCUUUUUAAAAAGUCAGAAUUGUGAGAUAUAAACUACAGUCAGAGCUGUGUUUUGUUUUCGUAGCAGAAAUAAGCUUCCAUAGAAAUACGUGUGUGAUUUAAUGCAAGAAUGAUCAAUUUCCUCCAAUCAGAAGCAGCCUCAGUACCUUUGACUUCAGUUUGACAGUAUUACUGCAGGACAGAUGAGCUGUGUGUCGUCCUCAUGUGCGUUUGCUUUCAUUUGAAAGAAAAAGUCUUACUUUGAUCUGUCUUAACAAUCCUAAUCCGACACUACUGACUAGAGCCGUAGUCUACCUCUAAAACACUACAGAUAGAGUCUAAUCGAUAGCGUAGGUCUCAUCAUGACGUACUAAACCAGAAUUACAGGAAAUAAUCUUCAAUCGGGUGCUGCUUUCAAACAGGUAGUUGCAUUGUCCUGUGUGUUUUAUGAAGGAUUACUGAGAAAGGUUUGAUGAUAUUAACACAUUCACUGUUUAUUUUGUUCAUUUGUCUGGUUGUUUUUUAAAUACUGUAAAUAAUGUAACUACUUGUAGAAUAGAAUGUGAAUUAAAACAUUCUUUUGCCCAAA